AUGCCUCGCGAAGCUGAACCUUCUCUUUCUGAGAGGACUUUUGUCACCCAAGCUCUCGAUGAGGGUUUGCGAUUAGACGGGCGCAAAUUCGACGAGUUUCGGCCUCUUGAACUCACCUUUGGAGAUGAAUAUGGAGUUGCGGAAGUCAAGUAUGGAAAAACAAGAGUUCUAGCAAAAGUCUCAGCAGAAGUCACUGUGCCAUACUCAGACCGUCCCUUCGACGGAGUUUUCACAAUCACAUCAGAACUCAGUCCCAUGGUUGCCCCUUCAUAUGAGGUCAAUCGCCCUUCACUCGAGGAGGUUCUUCUCUCCAGGCUUCUCGAGAAAACAAUCAGGAGAUCUGGUGCGCUAGACACCGAGUCACUAUGCCUCAUCGCCGGCCAGAAAUGCUGGUCUAUCAGAGUCGAUCUUCACGUCCUUACGCAUGAUGGAAACCUUACAGAUGCGGCUUGUCUAGCAGUUGUUGCAGCUCUUCGACAUUUCCGUAAGCCAGAUUCCAGCAUUGAGGGAGAAAACCUCACCAUAUACACACCUGCUGAACGGGAGCCCGUGCCUCUAAGCUGGCUGCACUCCCCUUUCUGUGUCACCUUCAGCUUCUUUGGUGAAGAUGGAAGCCAGGUCCUCGUUGAUACCAACUGGCUUGAGGAGCAACUGCGAGUCUCUCACUGCACAUACAGUCUCAACAAGCAUGGCGAGAUUUGUCAGAUUGCCAAACUGGGAGGAACUUCUCUUGACGCACCACUCUUCAUCCAGUGUGCUCAAGGAGCACUCAACCGAUCUAAGGAGCUAUCUGACCUAGUGGAUAGUAAGCUGGCUGAGGAUGCAAAGCGAAGGGACAAGGGAGGACUCAUGGCUGAGUUGACAGCCGAGAACGACAGGUGA